UUGCCGAUCUCAAAUGACAACUUAUUCUUAGGCUAUAACGGUGAUGAAGAAAAGAACGGCUACAAAUCUAUCCGUAACGAGCUCAACAUCCGUACUCUCGGUAAUGACGUGAAACGUUCAAGGCGUCAAAGCUUGGACACUGCACCCGUAUCAAUGGAGCAAGUAAUCAAACCGAUUCGUUUUGAUGGAGAAAUGCCCGGCCAUUAUGUUCGAGCAACAGCAAUUUCCAAUCCAAUUAAGUCUAAUCCAUGUGCGCUUAUGGUUGAUCCAGGUCCGUGUAAGGAGGCUCAUCUUCGUUACUUUUUCGAGAAAAAGACAAAAAAGUGCAAACUGUUCUACUAUGGAGGGUGCGAAGGCAACGCAAAUAAUUUUGCUACUGAACUAGAAUGCGAACAAAAAUGUGUAAAACAAGUAAAUCAAUUGGAGGAUGAGCUAGGACUUUGUCCAAAUGGAAAGCCACCUCUUGGUGAUAAUGUCCCUGUACUUUGCGGAAAUCUUACAGAAUCGACCAGUUGUCCACUGGGUUAUUACUGUAAACAAGGCGUCGUAGAAGUGUGUUGUCCUGACGAAGCUAUGGAGCCACUAGAACUGCAAAAAAUUCUUAUUGAAAGUAAGAAGUCAACCAAUAUACGUUAUGCACCAGCCACAAACAGACAAAAACCCAUGGAAUUCAAGGAGCGAGACGUAGACAAAGGUAAUUCUUAA